ACGGCCCGUCCGAUUUUUUCGACGACUGACGGCGCGAUGCGAUGGCGGAGCAUCAGGCCAAAGUUGGCUCCUCCACGAUCAGGAAUUAAACAGCUCGACGCAGCUUCCACGCAGCUCCCACGGCCUAAUUGAGUCGAGUUUCGGUCCAUUGCAGCGACAGAGGCCGCCGAUUGCCCUCGAAACCUCUGCGCUCGCUUCUUUCGUCUCCAGCUGCUGUUCCGUUCAGCCGCACUUUCGACAUCCCGCCGCUCUCUCAUCCUCCCGCCGCUCCCCCUCACAACCUCGCCAUGCUCCCUCGAUUAGCCCAGGCCUCGCGCUUGGGCUUGGCGGCUCGUCUGUCUCGCCCCAUUGCAUCUCCGGCGCUGCAAAUUCGUCCUGCGCCAGCUCCCUUUGCCGUCUCGCCGUGGCUCCGAACGUACGCCAGCCGCAAGGGUCCCAAAGAUCAACCCCCCGCCGACCCGUCGCAAUCCAAACCCGCCAAGCCCGAAGACAACGCCGCCGAGAAGAAAGACGACGAGCAGAUUGCCUUUGACAAGCUCCCCGAUCUCACCCAGGGCAUCCCCUCGACCCUCGAGUACGAAUUGGAAGGCAAGGACCCCAAGUCGCAAAAGGCCCUGCAAGAGUCGGACCACGCCGAGUCCUCAGGUGGUGAUAAGCGCGAGCGCCCCGAGUACGUCUCAACCAGCGAACGCAACCGCUCAUGGUGGACCCGGUUCAUGCUCGCCUCCGCCGUGACCGGUGCCGCUGGAGGCUUCCUCUACAUGGGCCGAGACUGGGAUCCCGUCGAGGCCGAGCGAUACGUCAACGUCCCCAAUACUCCUGGACCCGUCGGCUGGUGGACUCGAGCCAAGACCCGGAUGGGCGAUUCCGUCUCCUACUACCAGGAGCCCUCGUUCGAGAAGCUGCUGCCCGACCCCGAUGCCAGCUUCGAGCGUCCAUACACCCUGUGCAUCAGCUUGGAUGACCUCCUCGUCCACAGCGAAUGGUCCCGCGACCACGGCUGGAGAGUUGCCAAGCGCCCCGGUGUCGACUACUUUAUCCGUUACCUCAGCCAGUACUACGAGCUGGUUCUCUUCACCACUGUUCCCUUUGCCACUGCUGAGCCUCUAGUGAGGAAACUCGACCCAUUCCGCUUCAUCAUGUGGCCCCUCUACCGCGAGGCCACCAAGUUCCAGGAUGGCGAGAUUGUCAAGGACCUCUCUUACCUAAACCGUGACCUCUCCAAGGUCAUCAUUAUCGACACCAAUGCCAAGCACGUCCGCAACCAGCCCGAGAACGCAAUUGUCCUCAACCCCUGGAAAGGUGACCGCGACGACAAGGACCUCGUCGGCCUCAUCCCCUUCCUCGAGUACAUUCACACUAUGCAAUACGCCGAUGUCCGCAAGGUUCUCAAGUCCUUUGACGGCCAACAUAUUCCCACCGAGUUUGCCCGCCGUGAGGCCAUUGCUCGCAAGGAGUUCCACGCCCGCCAACUUGCCGACAGGUCGAGAAAACACUCCUCUGGUGUCGGUGCCUUGGGUAGCAUGCUCGGUCUCAACCCCAGCAACAUGAGCAUGACCGUGUCACCGGACGGUGAGCAGAACCCCAGCGAGGCUUUCGCCCAGGGCAAGAUGUUGCAGGACAUUGCCCGCGAGCGUGGCCAGAGGAACUACGAGCUCCUCGAGAGGGAGAUUCGUGAAAAUGGUGAAAAGUGGCUCAAGGAGGAGGCCGAAAUGAUGGAAAAGGCCCAGAAAGAGGCCAUGAGCUCCAUGAUGGGUUCGUUCUCGGGCAUGUUUGGUGGCGCUCCCGAGGGCCCCGAGAAGAAGCCGUAAGGCUGUCAAGGCAAAAUCUCCACUAAUUAAUGUUUUGUAAUUGUACCAGCGGGCUUUGGACGACGGACAUCAACUCAGAUUGGGAUGGCUCCGCGUAUAGACUCGGCAUUGCAGGGGUUGGGCUGGGGUCAUGUUUGACAUG